AUGGUGAGAAUCAGUGCGUUGUCUGAUGACUUGCUGCUUAAGAUUUUAUCUUUUCUUCCAACAAAAGUUGCCGUCUCCACAAGCAUUUUGUCGAAACAAUGGCAGUUUCUUUGGCUGUGGUUGCCUAAACUCGAGUUCGAUGACUUAGAUUUCAGUCCUUCUUCAGCUUUGUGUUGUCUGGAUUUUAUCGACAAGAAUCUGCCAUUGCAUAGAGCUCCGGUCAUAGAAAGCUUGCUCCUCAGGUUUUGUCAGAGUAGAUUACCUCAGCCUGACAAUAGCAAGCGAUGGGUUGGGAUUGCGGUUUCUCGCUCUGUGCGUGAGCUAAGUAUUUUCUAUUUUACUCCCAAACCACAUGAUGUGAUACCAUUGCCGAGUAGUUUGUAUAGCUGCAAUUCACUGAUGACUUUGAAACUUGAAGGCUAUAUAAAUCUUGUUGAUGUUCCUCGGAUCGUUUGUCUCCCAACCUUGAAGACCUUGGAACUUCGAGGGGUGACAUACUCAAACGAAGACUCUCUUCGAGUGCUUCUAUCGCAUUGCCCUGUUCUGGAAGAUCUGCUUAUUGAACGAUAUGAUGAGGAUGACAAUGUGAGAGCGUUAGUUGUUAACGUCCCGUCUUUGCAGAGGUUAACCUUGGAUAUUGGUUGUGACUGUUCUUCUGAUGAGUAUGUGAUAGUUACCCCUUCUUUGAAGUAUUUCAAGAUUAUAGAUUACAGAGAUAUUUCCUCCUAUUUAAUUGAGCCUAUGCCAAAUCUGGAAGAGGCAGAUAUUGAGGUUAUGCGAGAUACCGAGGAGAUUCUCGAAUCGAUCACAUCUGUUAGACGUCUUUCAUUUUACCAACCAUUCAACACUGCACGAGAGUCUGUGUAUCGUGCUGGUAUUGUCUUCGAUCAGCUUGAACAUUUGAAGCUAUGUAUAUACAAGACUAAUUGGUCCAAGUUGCUUGUCUGGUUGCUCGGAAAUUCUCCUAAUCUGCGAGUCCUCAAACUCAACGGCGAGAGAGAUUCAAAAUUUGAAGAGUAUGAACCGGUUGGCUGGGAAAAUGAACAUAUCUCUGUUCCUGAAUGUUUGUUGAGGAGUCUCGAAACUUUUGAGUUUAAAGGUGACAAGGGAACACAAGAAGAGAGAGAUUUCUUGAGUUUCUUAGGCAAGCACGCUUGUUUCUUGAAGAGUUGA